AUGGGGUGCAUUCGAGUUACAGGCAGCUUCGGCAAAUUGCUUGCUGCAAUAAUGUUUUUGUUGGCGAGUCCUCUCACAUUUGCAUACAAUCUAGACCCUAAUUCAACCACUUCCAUUAAAACCAUUGCCAAACAAAUGGCUGAGGACCUCUUGACAUUUUACACCGGCGACAAGCCUGGAGGGACACCGGGUCUUCUUCCUCAACCUUAUUACUGGUGGGAGGCUGGUGCUUUGAUGGGCGCGCUUGUAGACUACUGGUAUUACACGGGUGACGAUCAGUACAACAAGCUCGUGGAACAAGCUCUCCUGUUCCAAGUCGGCGACACCAACGACUACAUGCCGCGAAACCAAACCUUGACAGAAGGAAACGAUGACCAAGGGUUUUGGGGGCUAGCUGUCAUGAGCGCCGCAGAAAACAAGUUCCCUGACCCGCCCAAGGAUAAGCCUCAAUGGCUGGCGCUCGCCCAGGCUGUAUUCAAUACUCAAGCAGCUCGAUGGGAUACCGAACACUGUAACGGCGGGUUACGAUGGCAGAUAUUCAAGUGGAACCAGGGCUACGAUUACAAAAACUCCAUUUCACAGGCCUGUUUCUUUGCCCUCGGCGCAAGGCUUGCUCUUUACACUGGCAACAACUCUUACGCUGACUGGGCCGAAAAGUCAUGGGAUUGGAUGAUUGGCGUUGGCUUUAUCGACAAAUACUGGCGGGUUAUUGACGGCGCACAUAUUGGCACUAAUUGUACCGAUCACGUCCCCUAUCAGUUCUCUUACAAUUCCGGUGGCUUUAUUCUAGGCGCUGCCGCCAUGUACAACUAUACGGAAAACCCUGUUUGGAAGGACCGGUUGGAUAAGUUGCUCGAUGCCAGCAAGGUGUUCUUCACAGGUCCGGACAAGAACAUCAUGACGGAGGUUGCGUGUGAGCCUGUCGAUCGUUGCAACUUGGAUCAGCAGUCAUUUAAGGCCUACCUUAGUCGUUGGUUUGCCGCAAUCACCAAGUGGGCGCCGCAUACUUACGAUUUUGUGAUGCCAUAUCUGCGCGCAUCAGCGGUUGCGGCGGCCAAACAAUGCGUUGGAGGUGCCAACAAGCGCAUGUGUGGUCUCAAGUGGAAUCAGAACAAAUAUGAUGGUUCGACUGAUGUUGGCCAGCAGAUGGCCGCAAUGGAAGUUACCUUGGCAUGUAUGGUCCAAGAACGUCCUGGCCCGGUGACACACGACAACGGUGGUACUAGCAAAGGCAACCCAGGCCUCGGCGGAGGUGACAUGGGUCGAGACGAGCCAAAGCCUCCGGAUUAUGGACCGAUUACGGCCGGUGAUCAAGCUGGGGCGGCUAUUUUGACUGCUGUGGUCAUUAUCAGUCUGUUAACCGGCAUCGGAUGGUUGUUUGUGGAUGAAACGUCAGAUAAGACGCCACUAGAGCAGUUCAAGGGCUUUCAAAGCUCUGCAGCUGCAGCAAUUUCCGCGGCUGCUGGCGGUGGUGCAACCAGAUCACUAAAUGAAAAGGGUGGCAUUAUAGUCGGUAUGGGCAGCCAAAGAAAUUCGACGAAUAGCGCCGUGGGGACCAACCAAUCCAUAGAGACCGCAGUGGUGAGAAUCGGUCGUGUUCGAAGCGAGAGCGUAGGAACCCAACGAAGGAUGUCUAACAUGCCCAUCGGUUGGCCACGGCAAAGCUCGAAUACAGCCAGUGGUACAUGGCACGAUGCGCCCGAGCACCCUUCACCAACAUUCCAAAGCAAUGGAAGUUGA